AAUCUAAAUAAACUACCCACACUGACGUUUGGUGAUAACACUUUUUCUGUUUAUAAUUUUCAAUCUAAUGAAGCAAUUUUCCCUGAAAUUAUGGUGCAAAAUUUGAAAAAUAUUUCGGUGGAAUUUGGAAAUCAUUUCGUCAAUCAGGUUAUGAAUUUUUAAACUCAUGUUCUCAUUUCCUAUUUUAGGAAUUGAGCAUUAAUUCAAAUAUUAUGAACGGAUUUAGUGCUGGAGAAGAAGAUUCAAGAGGGCCACCUGAUCAAGUUUGCUGUCUUGUUGAUGACGGAUUUCGAUGUCAUCGUCCAGCAGGCAAUGCUUCUUAUAGUAAGCGUAUUCAGAAAACAGUCACACAAAGACGAUUGAAGCUACAUUUAGAUUUAGUGGCUCGACAUGUAUACAUUUGUGACUAUCACAAAGGAGUUAUUCAGUCCGCUCGUUCUAAACGUAAAAGGAAAGAUUCUGAAGAUGAUUCUAAUGAAACUGACACCGACGUUCCUGAGGUUGAUUUCUAUCAGUUGCAAGUGAACACUUUGAGGAGAUAUAAAAAGUAUUAUAAAGUUGCUACACGUCCAGGCCUAAAUAAAGCCCAACUUGCAGAUACAUUGUUGAAGCAUUUCAAAACUUUACCGGUAAAUGAAAAAGAAGCUUUAUCAUUUUUCAUCUAUACGGUGAAAUCCAAUAGUAAUAAAUUAGAUCAUAAAAGUAAUAGCGAUAAUACGUAAAACAGUAAAAAUUGCAACAGUAUUAAUUAUUGUAAAAAUAAUGUUGAGAAAUGAGUCUUUUCUUAAAUCAGAUUUAUCGUCAUGAUCGUAGAUGUGAUGAUCAACCUGAAAGUGUUUUUUUUUUUUUUUUUUUUGAAAACUAUUUACAUAUUUACAAAUUAUAAUAAUGAUACUUUAAUAAUUUUUGUCUCAUAAUGAACCAUUUAGUGUUUUCAAGGGUAAUAAAAAUUCUAUAAAUGACUAAAAAGAUGAAAAAUGCCGAAAAUGCGCAAAAAAUGAAAUCAUUUGUGAAAUGAUUUUUCAGAAUUUUACCAACUGUACGAUCGUUCCUGUACUUUUUAAGUUCUUUGUAAUCCGCUAUUUUUAUAGGUCAUCCAAUACCUAAAUUAAUUGGAAAUCGUUUUAAACGUAACCUAUUUCCCAUUUCUUCGUAAACUUUUUUUUUUGGUUCGCAUCAGUUCUGGUGAAGUGCAAUAUCAGAAGUUAAAUCAAAUUUAUUUAUUUAUUUAUUUAUUUAUUUAUUUAAUUAUAUUUUUAUUCUUAAUUGACUUUUGUGUGAACAGAAAAUCCUUUCAUUUUUCACAAUUAUUCGUUUCUACCGUUUCCCCCUUUUUUUGUUAACUAAUGAAUUAAUCAAGUAUUACCAGUUGAAAUGUUCGAAGUCAAUUGAAGUAAUAAUAUAUACAUUACGUGAUUUUCACAUCGCUAAAUUUGACCAAUAUUGUUUUUUUUCUAUUUUCGUAAAAUAUUCUUCUGCCACCCACCUACCUACACUUAGUACCUAUUUAUCAUAUUUUGUCACGCUCAGCUAUAUUUUUAUUUGUACUCGUUACUAGUACAUACAUACGAGUAGCUUUGGGUAAUAAAGUAAUAAUUGUUGAAAUGUAUCGUUUUUCAACUCUUGCUUGGUAAAUUCGUUGUUGAAAGCGUAAAUAGAAUUUGGGCAGCGUUAAUCCUAUGUAUUCAUUUGAAAUGUUACUAUUUAACUUCAUUCUACACGUGUGAUGGAAGAAACUAUUUGAGUCGAGUAUUUGAGAAAAAUGUAUUGUUUACCAUAUGAAGAUUUGGUGCAAAAGAAAUUACAUACUAGCUUGAACACAUUGUGAAAUCCUCAGUUAUCAUUCGUUUAGUUGAUAAUUCAGUAUUGGAUUAGUACUCAUAUUUAUGCGCUAUGUAAGGUUCCAUUCCAAGCACUUUUCACGUGGAGAGGAUCGGAAAAUUUGAAAAUAUUGAUGGAAUUUAACUUUUAAUUUUCUUAUUACCUGACGAUGAGUAAAAGAAUGAGCGUUUCGAUCGCGAAUACAAAAAUAUCAUAAAAUGAAAUAGAACAACGAAAAAGAUUGACAGUCAACCAUUUCGAUGAAAAAUUAAAAUCGAGAUACUUGAAUUUUUAUUUUAUUACCUAUCCUAUUUGGUUACCAGGAAAAAGUAGAUUAAUAAAUUUUUUAGAGUUGUUAUUUGGUAUGUACUUACCGUCGGUAAUUUAUUUUUGGUUUGCUGAUUUACUUACAAUUUGAGUGAAUUCCUCUUUUAUAUUUUUAAAAUUUGAUUGCUUUGACAUUUUAAUAAUAUUUUUGUUCUGACAAUCUGUACCUAUACCUCAAGUAUUUUGUUAUAAAACAAUUUUUUGCCCCAUUUUUCAGUGAAGGACUUGUUGAAACCUGUCAAACUGUAGCUAUGUAUUGUCGAUACUGUAAUACACAGACGUGCUAUGUCCAGUUUUUGAAAUUUUACAGGACAGCUAUUACGAGUUUUUCUCCUUGCUUUACUCCUGUAUUAAUGGUAAAACGGAACAGACUUUUACUCGGUGAUGAUAACAAUAUUGGACAAAGCGCUUUUUUGCAGGUUGUAGGGCUUUUGAUAACGAAUCCAACGAUAUCAAAAACUCAUUUUUCAUAAAACGUGGACAUAGCACGUCUGUGUAUUACAGUAUCGUUGUGUGCUUCAACUUUUUUACCAACAAUUUUUGAUCGAGAAACAUAUGUAGUAAUAAUGUGCAUUAUACUCAGUUGUUUCAUUGUGCGUCAAAACGCUUCUCAAAUUGUAUUCUAAUGGUUAGAGUGCAGCUUUUGAUUUAAACGUAUUCUAAUGGUUAGAGUGCAGCUUUUGAUUUAAACGAGUAUUUUGUGAUGAAAACAAGGUCAAAUGUUUCCAACAUGAAACAUCAUGUUGUAUUCUGGUUCCUCAUUACAUGAUAGAACGUGAAUACUUCAGUGUAAUUUGUAUAUGUAUUUUUAUUUAUGCCAGGUGCCAGGUAUUACAACUAAUUUUGAUUUUGAUUACUGAAUCAAGCAUGACUAUUUUAAUUAAGGCUUCGAAGAAGUUAAAAAAAUCCUUUCAUUUGUUAGGCCUAUUGUAUGUAUGUAUUAUUACGGAAAAUUCAUGAAAAAUGUGAACAUUAGGCAAACGUAUUAUAGGAUUAUUGAAAGCAUUCAAUUGUGAAUUUGGUGCCCCUCCUUUUUUAAAAUUAAUACUUUGUUAAAAUGAAUGUAUAUUACGUUUGAUAACAAAUAGAAAUUAUUAAAUUAUUAUUAUGAUGAUGUAAAUUAUACAGAUUAUUCGAGAAAGCAAUGCUUGUAGUUUUAUUCAUUUCCGUCUUAAUAUUUUAUUUCAUUUUGAAUAUCAAUUAUGUAGCUUACAAAGUAAAAAAACAAAUAUUAUAGCAUUAAUGAUGGAAUUUAUUUUAUGAAUGUAUUUAAGAUUUGCUUUUUUAUUCGUUUUUUUCUUUGUUUGCAAUAAAUAAGAAUUGUUAUAUUA